GUGAAGCUUCUGAGGCCUACAACAAUUGUGCAAAGCCCAGUUACAAUCUAAUCGUAAUGAACUUCCAUGGUUGCCAUCCAUUGCAAUUUUGCAAAGCUAACCACUGAACAAAGUUGAAUUGUUGUCGAGAAUUCUGUCAAUGGCUGUGGCUUCAUGCUUGGGCCUGCUACCUCCAUUUGGAGCCACGCAAGAUUCAGGGAUAUAUGGAACCAGUUCUGUCAAGCAGGAGAUUCUUGGGAUACAUGACUUGCUCCACGCUCCUUCUACUGCUAGACGUUACUAUGUGAAAACUAGAGUCAGAUUUGACUCCCUUGUUGCUGCACCAAGAAAUCAAAACCCAAAACCAAAAAGCGUUAUCUGUGGUGACUGUGAUGGAAAUGGUGUAGUUCUAUGCUCACAGUGUAAAGGUAGAGGAGUGAACUCUGUUGAUCUCUUUAAUGGACAAUUUAAAGCUGGCGACUCCUGUUGGCUUUGUGGAGGAAAGAAGGAAAUGCUAUGUGGGAAUUGCAAUGGAGCUGGCUUUAUCGGUGGUUUUAUGAGCACUGUUGAUGAGUAGAAAUGAUUAUUUGAAGUCUUGUCAAAUUUCACUACAUUUCUCAUAUGGUUACCAGAUACCAUCAAUACUAUAACUUCAUUAGAUUUCUGUGAUAUUCUUCCUGCACAUAGUUUGUAGUUGGCAGCCAUUUUAGAUGCUAAUGGAUGUUCAUAAACUUGCUUAUC